AUGGCUUCUCUUCGCUCCUUGUUCGUCCUCGCUCUGAUCCUCGUCUCCCUUCCCGCACUCUACGCCGCGUCCGCGCCACUGCGGGGCGAUGUCGCUGCUGGGGGAAGCGCUGGCGAGGACGCGGCGAGUUGGGGCCGCAUGCUGCUGGAAGCGAGCGGCGGUGGCGUGGACGUGGGUGUCGAGGAGGAGGAGGUGGGGGAGGCGACGGACGGGCUGGACGAGGCGGUGCGGGUGCUGCUGAGCUGGAAGAAGAUCAAGAACGGGAUCAAGAACGCGGCGGGCAAGGCGGGAGGGCUGGCGAAGAAGGUGGUGCAGAAGGGCGGCGUUGAAGCGCUCAAGGCGGCGGCCAAGGGGUACAGCAACGGCGGCAUGAAGGGCGCGCUCAAGGCCGGCGCCUAG